ACUCCUAGGAGCCGAGGUGACGUACAUGAACAUGACUGCCUACAACAACGGCCGACUGCAGUCCUCCUUCUGGAUCGUGGACAAACAGCACGUUUAUAUCGGCAGUGCCAGUUUGGACUGGCGAUCCCUGGGACAGAUGAAAGAACUCGGUGUCAUCUUCUACAACUGCAGCUGCCUGGUCCUAGAUUUACAAAGGAUAUUUGCUUUAUAUAGUUCAUUAAAAUUCAAGAGCAGAGUACCUCAAACCUGGUCCAAGAGACUCUAUGGAGUCUAUGACAAUGAAAAGAAAUUGCAACUUCAGCUGAAUGAAACUAAAUCUCAAGCAUUUGUGUCGAAUUCUCCUAAACUCUUUUGCCCUAAAAACAGAAGUUUUGACAUAGACGCCAUCUACAGUGUGAUAGAUGACGCCAAGCAAUAUGUAUACAUCGCUGUCAUGGACUACCUGCCUAUCUCCAACACAAGCACCAAAAGGACUUACUGGCCAGACUUGGAUGGGAAAAUAAGAGAAGCAUUAGUUUUGCGAAGUGUUAAAGUUCGACUCCUCAUAAGCUUCUGGAAAGAAACUGAUCCCCUCACAUUUAAUUUUAUUUCAUCUCUUAAAGCAAUUUGCACUGAAAUAGCCAACUGCAGUUUGAAAGUUAAAUUUUUUGAUCUGGAAAGAGAGAAUGCUUGUGCUACAAAAGAACAAAAGAAUCACACCUUUCCUAGAUUAAAUCGCAACAAGUACAUGGUAACAGAUGGAGCAGCUUAUAUCGGGAAUUUUGAUUGGGUAGGGAAUGAUUUUACCCACAAUGCCGGCACGGGCCUUGUUAUCAACCAGGCAGAUGUGAGGAACAACAGGAGCAUCAUUAAGCAACUGAAAGACGUGUUUGAAAGGGACUGGUAUUCACUUUACGCCAAAACCUUACAGCCAACCAAACAGCCGAACUGCUCAAGCCUGUUCAAACUCAAACCCUCCUCAAACAAAACUGCCAUAGACAGUGCAAGUGGGAAGGAGCCCUGGAGUGUAUAACGCGAGGGAACAAACUGAUGGGACAAUUCUGUAUUUCAUAUUUAUAUAUAAAGGACCCAAGGAAAGAAAAACAAUUUAAUAUGACUUUUUUUUAGGGAAAAAGCACACUAACAAAAAAUAUUCUCCCAACGACACAUCAUAUCUAUCUAACAAUAUCUUAGCGUUGUGUACACUAAAAUUAAGACUUUUGUAUUUGUUACUUCUGACAGAGAAUGUCAUUCCAGUUUAGAAGUUAGUUUUUGGGUUUGCAUACAGAUUUUAAGACUUUGAUUCCUGAACCUUUCUAGUUUUCAAAUUUUUUCUGCUGACCCAACUGGUCAGUUCUUAGGAAGCUUAGCAUGAGGUGAGUGCUUUAACACCAUUCUGAGAACUGCUGAUUUUAGAGAGAGGAAGGUAAUUUCGCCUUGGAGAAGAGACUGAUAAAGCCAAGCGUUUAUUCUUGUAAACCAUCCCCAAGACCUAUACAGUCAUCUAAGCAUGAACAGCCUUCAUCUCAUGCCAGCUUCAACAUUUGAAACCCCUCCUUUCUGUCUUCCCAUUCGUUUUCUUCUAAUACCAUAGGUUUUAUUUCUUCUCACAAAAUGCUUCUAUUAUAUAGCACUUCUAAAUUCACCUCAACAUUAGUUCCAAGUAUGACAACAUCUUUUGAAAAUGUAUGAAUUCCUCAGAAUGGAUGCAAAAUAGAAAUAGCAAUCUUUAAUUUUCACCUUUUAACUGCAUUUUUUUUCCUACCAAAUUGGUAUUUUAAAAACCACAGUCAGCAAUAUGUACCCUUUCUCUCAAGCUCAGAAAAAUUAUGUAGCCACCUGCGAAUAUCCAGCAAGCUAUUAAGUCUGCAUUUGGACAAUAAAGUAGUUUUUCACACUUUUAUUUAGUUUAUGGUAUUAUAAAGGAAAGAUCUUUAUGCGUCAGUGGGUUUUAAUUUCUUUAGAAUCAUUAUGCUGUUAAAAGUAUGCCAGCAAAUGUUUAUAGAGCUAUUUAUUAUACCUUCUGCUAUUUAAUAUACCAAAUGCUUUUCAGAGAAAUGCAAUUUAAAUACUGUGCUUAACAUAUUUUACUAAGAAACAGAAAUAUUGAAUUAUUGUUCUAUAA